AUUUUUAUUGACAGGCAAGAAGGUCAGCGACAAACAUGCAACUGUCCUGUUGACAGAGAGGAGCUUGUGGAUCAUAAGGUAAAUGCAUAAUCCGUGAUGGUGAGGAUGAUCACUUGCUUCAUGGAGGGGGGUGGUUGUUUGAUGUAUAAAAGGGAGGGGAGGGAGGGGUGCUCAGUGGAAAAGGAAAAUGAAGUCCUUAAGGUGUCAUGGCUUACAUGUUCCAGCAAUACUUGAUACAAAAAAGAAUCCCACCCCCAGCCAGGAAAAGUAGUAGUCUAGUAGUAGUCUUUAUGCCUUUGCAAAGAUAGGUUAUUUUCUUCGUGCGCAUUUUGUUAUUAAAAUUGGCUGUGUCAAGGAUAGAAUAUAUUUUAAAGAAAAUGAUCAGAAUCUCAGCUGGUUUAUUUCUUAGUUUAAUUUUCAUUUGCAGUACAUAUAAUUUUCUGAUAAAAGUAUAGUCGAAUGAAACAAACACAAAAUGGUUUACUUAACCACUAAAAUUCCAAAAAAUAAAAAGUGCUUGGGCCAAAAUUCUUAUGAAUAAUAAAAUGAAAAAAAAAAAGUAAAUUAAAUAUUAUUAAUUUAGAAUUUUUGAAUUAUACAUUGUAGGAUAUCUUCCCUGAUAAAGCAACUGGGAGGAAGAUUCUGUCCUUAUUCAUAAGAUGUCCAAAUACUGGAUGUGAUUGGACUGGUGAACUGAGAGAGAAAAAGGUGAAGUAGAGUAUCAUUAAAGCAAUUUUUUAAUACAUAAAAGGACCUCCAAAUCCACAGAUUUUAAGGCGCCUACAUGGUAUAUCUAUAUGGAUAAAACUUAAUUUGGUUCUUUGCGGUCCUGAUCUACAUGUUAUAUAUAUAUGGAUGAAACCAAGUUGGUUCUUUGGGGUCCUGAUCUAACUGUACUGUAGCAUCCCUGCGCUGCAUACGUUUACGUCCGUCUGCGAAAAAGCGCCUAAAUCCUUGUUCUGGGCUCCCAUUUGUGUACCAGGAUUUGAAUACUCGCCACGAUUGGCUUGUUUAAAACGCCAUUGUUGAUUUGCCAAUCAGGUUGAAAGGAAAUUUGACCGCAACUCCGAUAAUUCGUUGAGUCCGUUGGGGGCCAAGAACAACGAUAUCGGCGCUGCUUCACAGACGUUACUAACUGAGGUUUAAGGCGUUUGUGACUCAGGCAAGCCGUAGGUGGUAAUUAAGUUCUUUAGUGUUUGAGACUCUUUCCUGAAACGUGUGUAUCACAUUUGAAAUGAAAUGAAAGUGCUUGAACAAAAUUAAUUAUUAAUUAAACCGCGGUGUAUAGGUGGCAUUUAUUGUCGCAUUUUUUUAUCUAUCGAGUACUAGCAUGAAUUACACUGCAACCACUUACAGUGUAAUGCCGAGUGCCCCCGUCUGAGUUUGUUGCUUCUCAAGUUGAAUGGGGAAACACGUAAAUACCAAACACAAAAUCACAGUAAAUACCAGACAUUGUACGAUGAAAAUUAUUUGUUGACAGAGGUGGGAAUUUAUCCCGGCAGGAUCAUGUUGUUCACUGUGAAAAGGAACCUGUGGAAUGUCCAAAUGGCUGCGGUUUAUUUGUUGUUCGCAAACAGGUAGGUAACAUGUUAUCAUAA